GUGUCCCUUCCCGGAAAUGAUUGGUUGGCAUUGGCAACGUUUUAGCCAGGUCUAACGGCGUACACAGUCUCUGAAUAAAGAAAUCGAAAGGAAAGAUUAAAAAAGAAUCCAGCUGAGGACUUCUGAACCUUUGUAUCCUUCAAAUCCACUCACCAUAGAGGAGCGAGGAGAGAGUACAGACUGCAAACAGAAUGACCAGGAUGGUGAAUAGUUACAAGCGGACUUCAAGCCCUCGAUCCCCUACUAACAGUGGGGAGCUCUUCACCCCCGCACAUGAGGAAAAUGUGCGCUUUAUACAUGAAACCUGGCAGUGUGUGCUUAGAGACAUCAGAUCAACACAAAAUAGUGAACGUAAUGACCGUGGACCACAGGAGUAUGUGGAGAAAAACCCAAAUCCUAACCUACAUUCUUUUACACCAGUGGACCUGAGCGACCUCAAGAAACGCAACACACAGGACUCCAAGAAGUCCUAGUCUUUCUCAUGAUGGUCCGGUCGCGUUUUUCCACCCAUUAUCCUCGAGAACUUUUCCUCCAUCAGCCCUCUGUCAGCCAGAAAGUCAGCCCUGUUGGCCAGUCUAGCACAGAAUGCCAAUCUUGUUUCUAAACUCUGGACCAUAGCAAACCCUGUCUUUUCCUUUAUCCUCUACAGCUGACUAAGAGGAAAACCGGGAUUAGAGGGAGUAUAAACUCUCCCCUCUCUUCUUAUCUUCAUAUGUACAUUGUUUAUGUGGAUGGGACUGAUGCAAACUCUCAUCAAAAUUUGCUGGCACCUGAUGCUGAGGUACAAACUGUCGACACUCUCCACAGGACACAAAAGACUGCAGUCUUAAAUACAAACCCUGUUAUCUUUACUACUGCUACUUAUAUGACUUUGGAGGAAAAUGCGAAAGGGCUGACUUCUACUUUUUUUUUUUUUAGUUUGUUUUGGAAGAUAGUUUGAUCAAUAAAUUGUAGAAGUAAUGACAUGGUCAUAUUGGAUACACACUUUAUGGGCAAGAUUUGGAAGCCAAAUGCAAUGUAGAAGGCCAACAUUUUUAUUAAAAACUUUCUUGCCCUCAAACGGACUACUAAGUAGAGACCUCUCCAAGUAUGCCGCCCUUGGUUAACCCCCCCCCCCCCCCCCCCCCAUCCCUAAACCUUAAAACAAAAUGU